AUGGGUCACACGAUUUGGAUUCGCGCCAAUUCCCUCUUCACCUUCGCGUCCACCGCGCUCGCCUUGGUCGCGAUACUCGCUUCCAUCACGGAUAUUUGGCACACUGCGGAACCGGACGUGUUUUUGCGCGUCAAAUCCGUCGAACGUUUUCGCCCGGUUUCCCCGAACGCACACAGAAAGAAAGCGUCUUCGAACAACAACGAAGUAAACGACGAAGCGUCGCUUAAUUUCCAACUCAGGCUCGACUUGCGACCGCUCUUUUCGUGGAACACGAAGCAAAUCUUCGUCUCCAUCGACGCGGAUUACGAAACGGAAAGGAAUAAGCGCAACACGAUUUCGCUCUGGGAUUCGAUCGUGACACAAAAAACCAACGCUCUGUUGAAUUAUCAAAACGUGAGGAACAAAUAUCGAUUCAUAGACCAAGGGACGCAUUUAAGAGGCAGGGAAGUGAAUUAUACCGUGCGGUGGGAAGUGAUGCCAGUGGCGGGGAAGUUGUACGGAGGAAAGAAGUUGGUCGAGAGGGUGAAGAUGCCGGAUGAAUACGUGAACUAA